AUGCUGAGCUUGACUGCAUCCAAGACACCAGAUCUCGUCGGGCCAGGGCGUGGAUGCAAAGGCGGAGGCGGGCCGAAGAGAAAGACCGUGCAAAGCAGAGGCGGGCCAGGGCAGGCGCAGCGCAGCGCAGCGCAGCGCAGCGAGUCGCUCGGUUGGUCGGGGCUUGGAUGGGAACAGAGGCGGUUUCAGGGUUCAGCACCAGCCCAUGCUGCACUGCCAAGAGGCGCAGCGUGGAUUCCUCGCCGCCUCUCCUCGCUCCUCGCGCUUGGCCAUGCAGAGAGCUUGAUCCUAUUCCAUCCUCGCCCUCGUCCGGUCGCCCUCUUCCUUCCCUUCCUCUUCCAUCCUCAUCCCCCUUUCCCCAUUUCCCAUAACCCUAUCCUCCAUUCUACCACCUACCCCCUCGCAUCCUUCCUCGUGCUUUUGCGCUUUCCGUUGAUCCGUAGCUCUCUCCUCUCGACAACAAACACCCUCGUCACCUUCGAUUCGAUCCAAGCCGGUCUUGUUCGUAUCUCCACUGCCAUCCUUUGCAUCACCAUCCUGUCUCGCUCCAUCAGCAUUAUCAACAUCACAAUCAUCACCAUGAAGUACCUCGCUGCUCUCGCUCUGGCUUUCGCCGCCUCCAUCUCGGUCGCAUCGGCUGGCCCCGAAGGCCCCGUCGCCGUCCCUCCCGGUCAGGGCCGCUCCAGCCGUGGUGUUCGCUCCGUCAUCACCGGCCACAAGAUCCGCUCCCACGUCCACCACUCGCGCAGGCAGCACCACAACGACGACCUCGUCCUCCUCGACCGCAGGAUCAACAACGCAACCAUCAACGCAGACGACGAGGAGGUCGCCGCCAUCGCUGCCGCACACAACAAGCGCAACACCUGCACUCCCAAGAAGAGCGCCGCCAAGACCUCCAACGCCUACCGCGUCAAGGGCGGCAACGGUUCCAGCUCCAGCUCCUCUUCCGGUUCCAGCUCCAGCUCCAGCUCGGGCAGCGGCAGCGGCAACGGUAACUCCGGUUCCAGCUCCAGCUCCAACUCGGGCUCGUCCAGCUCCAGCUCCGGCAACGGCGACGGCUCUUCCUCGUCAUCGUCUUCGUCGUCCAGCUCGAGCUCGAGCUCCAACUCGAACGGUUCCGGCUCGUCGAGCAGCUCCUCGUCGUCCUCGUCCUCGUCGUCCGCCUCCACCUCGCAGUGGAAGCUGGUCAAGUCGUACUCGGGCUCGAACUUCUUCGACGACAUGGACUUCUUCACCAACGCCGACCCCACCCACGGCUCCAUCACCUACGUCGGCCAGGACCAGGCAAGGAACCAGGGCCUGAUCGGCACCAACAACGGCAAGGCCACCAUGAAGAUCACCGCCGGCAACGGCUGGGCGCAGUCGGUGCGCAUCAACACCAAGGACUCCUUCACCACGGGCAUCUUUGUGCUCGACGCCGAGCACAUGCCCGUCGGCUGCGGCGUGUGGCCCGCCUGGUGGUCCACCCCGACCAACCCCAACGGCGGCUGGCCCAACGGCGGCGAGAUCGACAUUAUCGAGGGCGUCAACGACUACUCGUACAACACCUACUCGAUCCACACCACCGGCGGCUGCACCGUGCCCGCCAAGCCCAACAUGUCGGGCAAGUUUACGCUCCAGGACAGCCGCGCCACCAACUGCGCCUCGGACGCCACGGGCAACCAGGGCUGCGGCGUCACCUCCACCAAGGGCGGCGACUUUGGCGUGCAGUACAACAAGAACGGCGGCGGCGUCCACGUCAUGUACUGGUCCGAGUCCGACGGCAUCUCGACCUACUUCUUCCCCAAGGGUCAGGUGCCUAGCGACAUCAGCUCCGGCUCGCCCGACCCGUCCAACGGCGGCUGGGGCACGCCCAUGGCGCACUGGCCCGCCUCGCAGUGCAACAUUGGCAACUACUUCUACAACCACGUCGUCGUCUUCACCAACACCGUCUGCGGCGACUGGGCCGGCUCGGGCGCCGUGUGGAACAACGCCAUGAACGGACAGUCGCAGUCGUGCCAGGCCAUGACCGGCCAGGGCUCGUGCCAGGCCUACCUCGGCAACAACCCGGACUUCAGCGAGGCCUACUGGUCCAUCAACUCGCUCAAGAUCUACCAGACUUCGCGCCGUUCCUAG